CAUACAAUAUCAUCAAUCGGAUCGCUUCGGAUAUUAAUGAUGUUAUUGUUAAAGAGCGAUUUUUCUUUUUAAGAGAUGAUUGUGGGCGAAUAAUUUUUGGUUAAGCUCUAUUUUUACGCCCUCGUUUAUCAACGGUAGAGCAUUCGACAACUUUCAGAAUUCGUUCUGAAAAACAAGCAUUCGAUCCACACCCCACUAGUGUAGACCAUCAGUCGCAGAGAAACAGCAGCCCAAUAAAGACGCUAGUGACGAUAACUAAGAAAAUACGUGUUUAAAGCAUACCAUAAUUACGCAUAUCUUUUAAAUGAAAAUUCUCAAAUUUUGUGCCAGAUAAACUCGGAACUGCAUGGAAAGUGUCGAAGUGCGGAAAUAAUCAUCGUGUGCUAAAAAUAAAAUAUCAGUGUACAAACAUAUACACAUAUGUCAUACAUAUAAGUAUGUAUGCAUAUGCAAUUAUAUCCAUAUAAAUACUCUGAAAUGUGGCAGAUAUAAACAUUUAUUGAAUGAAUCGUAAUUUAUACAAACGCUAACGGGAUUAAAUUUUAUAAAAUAAAAUAAUAUUAUUUUUAUUAAACAGAAUUUUACGAAUAGUAGAAUAUAAAGAAGUAUUCAAACAUGUCCACCUCACCACCUGAAUCUCUCACGACAAGUAACUGUGCCGUGUGCCAAACACCUGCGAAGCUAUAUUGCUCAGCAUGCAAACUAGUAAAAUAUUGCGGCGCUGAUCAUCAGAAGCAGCACUGGAAGCAACAUAAAACCGAAUGCCGGCCAUUUCGCAUAGCCAAAGACAAGGUUUUAGGUCGCUAUUUAAAAGCCACGCGCUCAAUUAAAGCUGGCACUGUUAUUUUCGCUGAAAUGCCUAUUAUAGUCGGUCCAAAGUGGUAUCUGAAUGAGCGCGAGGAGCAAGUGCCUGUUAUGCCAUGCGUGGGAUGUUUCACACCUUGUCGUAUGGGAGCACAUCAUUGCCCCAAAUGCCUUUGGCCAACGUGUUCACCGAAUUGCGGUGGGUUAGACAAUCCAAAUCUUCAUGGUCUUGAAUGUUCAAUAUUAAUGUUGGGACCUGGACCCACUUCCUCAGACCCCCGUUCACUCAUGGACUACUAUCGCUCUGAUGCCUUGGUUGUCUUAAAAUGUUUGUUGCUACAACGUCAAAAUCCCAAAAAAUGGUCCGAACUGAUGGACAUGCAAAGCCAUGAGGUGGAACGCAUUGGUUCCGAGUUACACGAUGAUGCAGAGAAAAGGGUUGUGUCUUAUCUUCAGCGAAACUUCCUACAACGCCUAAAAAGUGUGGAGCAGAAACAAAAGCAAAAAUAUCUGCAAGAGUAUGACACAGCAGUACUACAUCGUAUUUGCGGUAUCAUUGAGACGAAUUAUAUGUGCAUCAGCUUGCCGUCUGGCAUGGAGUUAAGUGGUGUUUACUACACCGCCUGCAUGAUGGAACACGCUUGCCAACCAAAUUGUUAUUUUCAAUUCGAUCAGCGAAAUGGCUUCAGAAUCUCUGUUAUAGCCGGUAGAGAUAUUGAACGCGACGAACACCUGAUUAUAAUGUACUCGAAUAUGCUGUGGGGCACUCAAAUGCGCCAGGAACACCUGGUCAUGACAAAGCAUUUCCUCUGUAAAUGUGAACGCUGCCGCGACCCCACCGAGUAUGGUUCGAAUUUCAGUGCAAUGCUAUGUAUGGGCGAUGAGGGCGAGUCAUGCGAUGGCAUUCACCUGCCAAAGAAUCCACUUGAUAUGAAAAGUGAUUGGGCAUGCACCAAGUGCCCUAUCAUGAUCAGUGGAGAAGAGGUGCGAUAUCUUCUCACGCAAAUGACCGAAGAAGUUGACAAUCUUCUAUCGCGCAAGCCCACAGUUAAGCAAUUGGAAGCGCUGAUUAACAAGCUUUCGAAGUUUUUGCAUCCCCAUCACUACCAUUUAUUCAAUUUGAAGCAUACGCUCAUACAGUUAUACGGCACCGAAAUCGGCUACUCACUGAAAAGUUUAAGCGACUCACUGCUAAAUAAGAAAUUACAGUUGUGCGAAGAACUCUAUGACAUCUGCCAGAAAUUGGAUCCAUACACUAUUCGUUUGUCCAUUUACGUGGGUAUUAUUUUGUUUGAAAUGCAAACGGUGCAGAUUGAGCACAGCAAACGCCUACUUGCAAACGCCACCAAGAGCGAAGAGCAAGUCCUUACGGCAUUGGAUUAUUUCAAUUCCGCUCGCGAGAAACUGCUGAAAGCUGCUAAGAUCUUGGAGAAGGAGCUGGAUAAUGUGGCAGGUAGCAAAUUGAGCGAUGCUGUACUGAAAUCACUCACCGAAUUGGAUACUCUAAUCAACAACAAUACCUAAUUGGAUUCACAAGUCUCAACUAUCGAGCGUUUUUCAAUAUUAACUUUUUUUUUAAAUGAAACACAUCUUAAACAACAUUACGCCGCAAUAGAUUCCAUUAAUGAAUAUUGAAUUUACUGAAAAUCUCGUCGCCUUUUUAGCAUGUUCUAUUCGCAUUUCUUUUUUAUCUUCGUAAGAAAGACAAAAAAGUUUAAAUAACAAAACUAAUAAAUUGUAAUGUCUUGCGUUUUUAAUUAAAUUUAAAUCUUGUUUACAUAAGAGUCUUAACGUUUAAUUAAAUACAAUGGAUAUAGCUUUUCAUUCAGCAUUAGUUAAAUAAGUCAACUGGUUCUUGAGGGGCAUCCAAGUCCCUGUACUGUGUUAAUUGACGAUACUUAUUAGCGGGUCUGUAAGCAUACAAACAUAAAUAGAAUUGUUUUAUAUUUAACAUACUUCACUUUUUCUUUGUAAUUUAUUAAAAAAGUUCUUAAGUUCAUUAAAUUAAAGACGAAAAUUAGGAAAAGUGAGAAUUAAUAUUGACUUCAAGCAAUGGUAUACGAAAGGCUUUAAGUGCUUUGAAAACUUUCUUUCCUUGGCAAAUAUUUUACAGAAAACAAGUUUAAACUAAACACAACCGCUAAGAUAAUUUAACUAUUUAUGAGGAAAUCAUAAAAUGUACAUGGUUAGUUAUUCGCUGAAUGUCAUUUUAUGUUUGUAGUUGUAAACAGUACAUUUCCUGUGGCCUCUUUCAGAUUCUACAUAGUAUGUGUAUUUAUAUCGUGUUUUUUUAUUUUUUAUUUUUAUCUGAAAUGUGGCGUGUAAAUAUAGCAGUUGUAUGUUGUUGUAGUGCUCCUACGAGUCAACACAAUUUAUUCGAACAUAUCGAAAUUUGCGGGCGCGUCCAAGUCAUGAUAA